AUGCUUUCAAGCAACUUGCCAAAUUUCCCAGACGAGGUAACCGUCCAAAUAUGCCGUCACCUACACUGGGGAGACGCAUUGUCACUUGCCCGACUUGACAACACCAUCUCACAAACAUGGAAGCGAGUCGCACAGGAACCAUUCAUGUGGCCGACGGAUUUCCACUUCGACGGAAAUCAUCUAGAAGAAAUGCACGAAAUCCUUCAACUCGGCGGAAGACACUUCCAAUCACUCAAGUUUACGACCCAACGAGAUGUGAACACCAAACGAUUGCUCAAGACCAUCAGUAAACGCGCUUGUAACGCCGUAAGCUUGUUUUUCGAGAAGUGGUCUUGCGAAGGCACGGUUGCAGAGGACUGGGAGCAAAUGAUCUCCAAGUUGCCACGAUUAACAAGUUUACGCUUCCUGAAAACCGUCAUAGAUCCUCACGUUGUACUGAGACUCACACAGGCGAACAUCACUGGCCUUCAGAUAUCAUUCCAGCGGGAAAUCUGGGGUCCCAAGGAACCCCUGUUCUUUCAGGAACUCUUAUCCCGGUCGUCUGCGUCCACCUUGACGUACCUGGAUAUUUCGGGCACCAAAAUGGAUCCCAGUCGAUACAGGAACCUUCUGGUGAAUCUCGGCCCGCAGUUGAAAGGUAUAAAUCUCCUUGCGGAUGAAGGCAUUGCCGAGAUGGUGGAACAGUGGCAGUGUGAAAACCUCAGAAGCUUCGGCAUUCAGUUUACCGUGACAGUCGAAGUGACUAGAGCUCCGUUUCUUCUUGCUUCCAUUUUGCGUAAAAUGAGCGUUCUGAAAACCCUGAAACUCUCCGGACAUUUAUCUUGCUUAGCUCUGAACUGCGCCACAAGGGUAUGGGUCCAAAUCAAAGAGCUACUCAGGAAGAACCUUACAGACUUGAGAAUCGUCACGUCGUCUUUCGGCCGAGAAAAGACUGGAAGUAUCCCAAGGGAUGUGAUUGAAGCUAUGGACAAGCUUCGCGUUCUCUGCUUGCAAUAUCCCAUCGAUGAUUACACCUUGAAAGCGAUUCUGCAAUGCGCGAGGAGUUCACGCACGAUUUCCAUCCGAACUAGUCAGUAUUCGGACGGACACUAUAUGGAUUCUUCAGACGAGCGACCGAGUCCAUUUGAACUUUUCGUGAAAGGUGAACGAUAUCCCACUGAGAAGCAACUUGCGCAGUUGAGAGACUCCGAUUUCACUUGGGUUUGGGAGACUCAAAAUGCCGCGAAGCAACUCGUUCAAUUCCAAAAUCCAUCACAACACAGCAGGCCUGAUCUCUGCAAUCGUAUGCGUUCUCUGAUCUCGGAUUUCCCGUUCGAAAACUUGGAUGAAUAA